AUGGUUGUCAUUCUACUUAUCGGUAGGUCCAAACCUGAGUCACAGUUGGAUGAGGAGGAGAUUGCUAUUCCUCCUCCAAUGGUUGCCAAUACAAACGAGAAUGACACAAUAACAUCAGGUGUUAAUUGUUCAGUUGCACAGUUAGAGGAUGAGGAGAUUGUGGCUAUUCCUCUAAUGGUUGCCAAUACAAACGAGAAUGACACGAGAACACCAGAUGUUAAUUGUUCGGUUACAAAGAAAAAUGCAUCGACAGAUAGAGACAGCAGUGAAAAGUCAUACAUCGACGUAGUAAUAGUCAAUAGUGGUGAUGAAGGGAAUGAUGAUUAUGAUGAUGAUGAGCUGAGGAGUUCAUUAAAAAAAUUAACAGAGGCUGGGAAAAAGAAAAUUUGA